GGUAAACAACAUGGCAGGCGCCGGGCUGGGACGUCCCUCGAGCAUGAACAAUUUGGUCAAUUUAUGCCGGAAAUUGACGAUUAGUGGACUCUGCAAGGAGGUUAUAAGAUCUCAGCCAAAUAUUACUCAAGUAAGAUGUAUGUCUAGAGUGAAGAAGAGGCACACAGUUCCACCCUUUUGGCACCCAAAAGUAACAAGAACGCUUUACCCUGAAGAAGUAACCCCUGAAAACCAAGCAUUUGUAAGUGAAGUCAUAUCAGAAAAGUUAUCCUCGCCUCUCCGAGCUGAGCCAUGGGAACGAGGCCAGUUUACCAAGAACUCCAUCCGAUGUGGGCUGAUUGCAAGAAAGAUUGGUAUAUACCCCAUGUGGACUAAAGAUGGAACCAGGCUUUUAACCACUUUGCUGCAGGCUACAGACAACCAUGUCGUCAAUUACAUUCCCCCCGAGGACUUGGCUGAGAAGAGCUUUCGGCCUCUAAAGUCAUCAAGGCUUGGUGCUCUUGUUGUUGGCACUCAGUCUGUCGAUCCACGAGAGAUAACAAAGGAAUACUUCAGUUUGUUCAGUGAGGUAGGAGUUCCUCCCAAAAAGAAGUUGACCAAGUUUCUCAUCACUCCUAAUGCCAAACUUGCUCCUGGAACUCCGCUGUAUGCAUCGCACUUCCAGCCUGGAGCAUACGUUGACAUCGCAGGCAUUACGAUAGAUCGGGGGUACCAAGGUGUGAUGAAGAGAUGGGGUUUCAAGGGUAUGCCAGCAUCCCAUGGCGUAACGAAGAGUCACCGCAGGGGAGGAAGCAUUGGUUCUGGUAGAGAGAAAUCCCGAGUCUGGCCGGGACAAAAGAUGCCAGGACAUAUGGGUAGAAAUCGAAGAGUUAUUAGAGGGCUGAAGAUAUGGCGCAUCAACACACACUACAAUGUCCUCUGGGUGAGUGGGCCUGCAGUACCUGGACCAACAGGUGCAUAUGUCUAUCUGUACGAUAGCAUCUUGCCUGCUCAUCAGCUCCGUCGAGAACAAAAUCCUCCACCCUUCCCAACCCUUUUCCAGGAUGAGGUUGAUAUUGAUGAAGAAUUGUUUGAUGAAAAUUUACACAAUUUUUCACAGCCAUCAAUUUCCUUUGCAGAGAAAUAAGGAGGUAAACUGAAGAAUUUUUUUUUAUAGUAAAAGGUUAAAAUGCUUUACAGUGAAUUUCAGCAUUGACCUUAUUCAAGAAUUGUAAAUUGUAAUGUAAAUAUUUCUGUACUUGUAUGUUAAAGAUUAAAAUAGAAAAUCCAAGCAAA